AAUAGCUGUUAGUUUAUUAUUGCUUGUGUUCUCAUCCCCAUCGGAGUACCAUAUCAUCCAGGCCCCUGGAACUAUGGUCUGUUAUCUUGACCCUAUUUCCUCCUUAAGACACUCAUCUCCCUAUGAAAGCAUUCUUGUGUAGACACUUCCCAUGGCUUGCAUACUCCUCUGCUUCUUAUUUCUCCUACUCCCAUUCAUCCCUCAGAUCUCCUCAGAUCGUAUUCUGUCCACAUAUGUGGCCCUCAGGGAGACUGUGGAACUACCAUGCCCUGCACCUCCUACCUUGUAUGGAGAUGAAGUGCUAUCGUGGUUCCGAAGCCCGGUGUCUGGAUUCCCUACUAUCUUAGUGAUCCGUGUCCCCAUGGCUGACAAGGCUCCAGAGACUGAGACGACCUUGAGGGAAGUCAGGCUAAGUCUGCUGAGGAAUAAUUCCCUGUGGCUAGACGGGGCUAAGGAGGAGGAUGCAGGACGAUACUGGUGUGCUGUGCUUGGCAAAUAUUUCAAUUACCAGAACUGGAGGGUAUAUGACCUCUCGGUGAUCAGAGGCUUCCAGCUGUCAGCAAAGACUACUGAUGGUUCUGUCUGCUCAAUCCUGGUCUGUUCAGUGGUCUCAGCAGUUUUCCUGGACUCUGUGGCUUGGCUGGAAGGGAAGGGGAAAGUGAAGGGUAGGACGGAAACUUUCAUGGGGAAGAAUGCUUCCCUUCUCAUGGUGUGUCCUGUGCAGGGAACCUCAGAGUCCCGUAGCCGAAAGGCCAGGAGCAUUCGUUGCAUUUUCCCCCAGAACAAGGGCAUCAAUUUCAACCUGACAGCUGCAGCCUCCCCAGAUGCCCUUCCUGCCCACUGUGUGGUCUCACCAACCUGGGAUACCCAAAAGAUCCUGUUGCUGCUUUGUGUUCUGGGACAGGGAGUCACCAUCUUGGCCCUGGGAAUAGUUCUCUGGAGACGCCGGAACCAUGGGGCCCUUUACAGAGAUGAUUCCACUUCUCGUUUCAAACCAGAAAUCGAGGUUUAUGAAAAUAUCCACUUGACCAUCCCCAGCACACCUGCCCCCAGGACCAUGUGAUCUUGAUGAUGUUAUCUGCAAGGAGAAGGGAUCUGCAGAUCUCCUUGGAAACCCAGGAUGAAAUGAAGCUCCUGUUACCUCAUCAAAAACAUGGGGACUUGGGAGGCUGUACUGCCACUGUUCCUCUUGUCUCCUCUGGGGAGAACUGUUGGGGAGAGGGAAGAGGGGGAAAGGAUGUUUCACAAAUGAAAUUAUGUUGUCACCUA